AAAUCAAAAAAGUAAAAAAAAAACGCAAACCUCGGAGGAGAUUCCGAAGCUUUUUCCCUUUCGCCCUCAUUUUCUAUACCUAAAAUUGUUUUCACUAUUUUUCUAUUCUCUGUAUCAGUCACCAUCACUCCCUUCUAUAUAUUCACACCAUCUUUACCUAUCAAACUUCCCCUUCUCUUCCUUCUUCCUCGAAGAAAAUCUACUGCGUCUAAGGAAUCUUGAUGCUUCUGAUUGAAAGUUUUUGACAUUCAUGUCUCAUGUUCUCAGUGAAGUUCUUCUUUCUGGAUUUAUCAUAAAUUCCUCUUUCAGACGCAGAACUCAUCUAGUUCAAUCUUUCUCCGUUGUUUUUCUCUACUGGUUCUACGUUUUUUCAAUUCACCGUUUUAAUUCAUAUAUUAUCAUGUAAUCAUCUCAUUAGUACUAAUCAAUUAGUUAAUUUUUGAGAUUAGGGUUUUCGAGUUUUUUUUGUUAUUGUUGUGGUAACUGUAAUAGAUAGCUCUUGAUUGAUGGCUUGUUCCGGUGGAAAUGGAAAUUCUUCUGCAUCUACGAAAUUCGGAAGUUCUGGAUCUGAGAAGGAUUUGAACAAUCUGAUGGAUGAGAGAAAAAACAAGAGGAAACAAUCGAAUCGGGAGUCGGCGAAGAGAUCUAGGAUGAGGAAGCAGAAACAUGUUGAUGAUAUGAUGAAUCAGGUAUCUGAGCUCACAAAAGACAAUAGUGAGAUUGUGAACAAGAUAAAUAUCACAACACAGCACUAUUUGAAUGUUGAGGCUGAAAAUUCAAUUUUGAGGGCCCAAAUAGGUGAGCUUAGUCAAAGGUUUCAAUCAUUGAAUAACAUCAUUGAACUCAUCAACACAAACAACACUAGUAAUGGGUCCUAUGAUUCAAGGGAUUGUUAUGAAACAAGUGGUGCACAAAACAUCAUGAAUUUUAUGAUGUAUAAUAAUAACCUGCCCAUUACUACAACUUCUGCAGAUGUUUUUAAGUGGUGAUGAGUGAUGAAGUGAUGAUGAUGGGAAAAUAAAAUA